CGAGCUGGAGAUGUCAGCCAUUGCCAUGUUCUUCUCCUGUACUUUCACCCUUUUCGCAGUAGACCAAAGACUUCGACAACUGCCUCAUGUGUUCACUGGGUAUUUGGGUCCGGCCUCGAGAACCUGCAGCUGUCAGUGGUGUGAGUGUAAUGGAGAGCACUGGUUGAGGAACUUGCAGAGCAGCUUAGAGCAAAUAGGGCAUUGGUUUUGCACAUUGCUGCACUUGUUUCAGCUCAUUUUGCCUUUUGCUGUUGCAGCUUGGUCAGAGCUGUGAUGGAUGACCAUAGCCGCACGCGUUACGGCUGCGGCAGUAGCUACACUUCUUUCCAAGGAGAUCAGGAGAAGAUCUCCUGCUCUUCUGCUUGUGUUGUUGGAUCUUUCUCUCGUGACGCUGAACAGAUGCCAUCCUCUUCUUCCUACCCCAUUUCUGCUGGUGGUGAUGGUGGUAGCAGUGGGAAGGAGUCUCAGGACCACGACUUUGACUCUCUCGACUGUGAGAGUGAGGAGGGCGUGGAGGCGUUCGAGGAGCCUGCAAAGCCGGUUCCUCGCCGGAGCUCUGGCUCGAAGAGAAGCAGGGCAGCAGCAGUUCACAACAUGUCUGAAAAGAGGAGGAGGAGCAGAAUCAAUGAGAAGAUGAGGGCAUUGCAAAAUCUUAUUCCCAAUUCAAACAAGACGGAUAAGGCUUCCAUGCUUGAUGAGGCCAUUGAAUACCUCAAACAACUGCAACUCCAAGUACAGAUUCUGUCAAUGAGGAAUGGUCUUAAUCUCCACUCGAUGUAUCUAUCCGGAGCUCUUCAGCCUUUGCAAACUUCCCAAAUGUGUAUUGGUUUUGGUCUGAAUAGUGAUAUGGCAAUGAAUACAGGAACAGGCUUGCUACCCCUGAACCAAGAUUCAGCUGCUCAGAUUUCAUUUGAUCUGUCAAAUCGGUGGACAUCCUCCCUCCAAUCUACCAUCGAGGCGAGUGUCUUCAAUGUGACGAAGCCUGAGGCUUCGUUGUUUGCAUCCUCACACUCUCAUCAUGCAUCAUUCCAAGUGCCUGUUUCCUGUGAGGACAUGUUCUCAGGUGAUGUGUCGGCCCACAUGCAAUUAGCUGCAGCUCAUAACACAAUGAGCCACAUAGGAAAUGAGAGGAGCUCCAUGGCUAUCAAUGUGAAGCAUUUGGGUAGGCGAAUCGGUAUUGACCAUCUCAAAGAAUGCAUGUUUGGCAGAGAAGAGAGAACAGAAGGCAUGCUAUCCGAUGAGGAAAAACUUCAUCCAGAAUCUGCAUGGCUUACAGACUGGAGCUGAUGCCAAGGAAGAUUUCUAAAGUGUACCUGAUACACAGAGGAAUCUUUGCUGAUUCCUACUGAGGCCUUCAAGCCAACAAGAUUUUGGACUCAUCCAUGUCAAGAACUGCAACUGUGUUUUUGAACAUUUCUUUGGCACUGAGACAUCUAAUAUGUAAAUUGAUGAAACAGACACCUCUCAUGUUCAGAGAAAGCAUCAUUUGAUGAAGAGAUCCAUUUUGAUCAACAGUUCAAUGGCAAUCACAAC